CAACGAGCCGACCUAGCAAGAACACCGAAAAUUUCCAUACCGCGCGCCGUUCGAGCGCUCUUACGUUACCAAUAUCGAGAUCAACCUUUAAACAACUCACGAGGACGUGACAAAUCGGCGGCGCGAACCAUCUGCGGGAAAAUGUCCACUGUGUGAAGGUGUGUGCGCGCAGUAGUAGAAGAAGCACAAAAUCGUUAGGGAAGGAAAUCUUUUGAGCUUCGGCCGACGGAGACGGAGAGGCCAUCAUUUCGGUGGUGCCGUUCGAACAGUACGGGUCACUUUUCUUUCGCCCCAGUCGGUCCGGUUUUGGUGGUUUCGACUUGAUCGUGAACGUGUUUCUUUUAGUUGUAACAGUUACCUGCUGGAGAAGAGAUAAAAAGGGGAAAGUUUGCUUUGGAAAAGAGUGUGGGUAAAAUUCGGUGGCUUCCAGGGCAAUGUACUUAAAUCAGUAAUAACGUUGAUUUGUAAAAGAUUGCUUUCGGUGAUCUGUGGGCAAAAUCAACCGGAUAAACAUGACGGUGAGAGUGAUCAAUACAGUGCAGUUUAUAGCGGGCAAUUCAGCUCAGGACUUGUUGGCGAAUAAUAUAAAGUCUUCAAAGGGUAAAGCGAUCAUCAACGAUGUCAACAAUAACGAAACAGUUCUCGGCGAUGACCGGAGCAUCACCGAGCAGGACAUCAACGCCUACCUGGAGCACUACAACAAGUGGAAGCAAACCGGAUGGGGCCACUGGUUGACCUAUAUCCUUCGGCAGUAUUUCGGCUAUGAAUUCGACGCGGAAAUCAAGUGGAACAAUGUGCUGAUGAUCGGAGUGUUUCACGUGAUCGCGAUAUAUGCCUUCGCGAAGUACGUGUUGCAGGCGACCCUCGUUACAUACAUCUGGGGAUUCUUCGUGGGCGGCUGCGCGGGUUUCGGUGUCACGGCUGGCGUUCACCGGCUGUGGUGUCACCGGGCUUACAAGGCGAAGCUUCCGCUGCGCAUUAUACUGGCGAUUUGCUACUCGAUUGCCGGCCAAAACACCAUCUACGACUGGGUCCGGGACCAUCGCAUCCAUCACAAGUACUCGGAAACGGACGGCGACCCGCACAACUCCAACCGGGGUUUCCUGUACGCGCACGUGGGUUGGCUUAUGCUGCGGAAGCAUCCGGAGUGCAUCAAGAAGGGCCGAUUGAUCGAUAUGAGCGAUAUCACCAGCGAUCCAGUGGUACGGUUCCAUCACAACAACUUCAUCCUAAUGAAGCUUCUGUUCUGCUUCUUUCUGCCGACCUUCAUUCCGUGGUACUUCCUGGGAGAGAAUUUCCGUCUGGCCUUCUUCAGCCAGUGCUUUGUCCGGUACGUGUUGAGUCUAAACUUCACCUGGUCCGUCAACAGCGCCGCUCACAUUUUCGGAGUUCGACCCUACGACAAACGUAUCCAACCGGUGGAGAACAAGGUAGUCUCGGUGGUGGCCAUGGGCGAAGGAUGGCACAACUAUCACCACGUGUUUCCCUGGGAUUACAAGGCGGCCGAACUGGGUAACUAUCGGUUCAAUGUGACUACCUUCUGGCUGGAUUUGUUCGCCAAGAUCGGCUGGGCAUACGACCUGAAGGAACCCUCUAAGGAUCUGGUGCGACGAACGAUCGAGAAAUAUGGGGACGGCACACAUCUUACCGUAACGUUUAAGGACCACGUCGAGAUUCCGGACCCAGCGGAGAGCUCAUAAAUCGCUCGCGAGGAUCGAUCGAUCGCGUUUGUUUGAGAUUGUGAUCAACCAUUACCUGGUUAUUUACAGCUUAAGGGGUAGGCUAAGUGCAACCAGAUUUUGUAAUACUAUGUAUGUAUUUGUGUACGCAGCAUUCAGGUGUUCACUACUGCUGCAAAUGGGUCUCAUCAGAUGGGAACGUAACAAAAACAAAUAAACAAUAUUUUUUAUUUAACUUAAA